GCUGUUGAGUCGCCGCCUCCCCCAAAACCUCGGCAGCAGCUAAGCUGCACAGUCGACAUGGCAAGAAAAUAUCGCAACAAUUUCCUAAAGAAAGAUGAAAAUCUUCCAAGUCUUUUGGAAUGAUAUUCAUCACGCGAUGUGAUCCAAAAUCCACAAUGUGUGAGAAAAUUUAAGAACGAUUGAGUUCGGAAGAAAAAUUCUUGAUUCCAGUGGAAUCUUCCAUAUAUAUAUUAAUAUUAUUAUUAUUAGAUUUUUUUUCCUGUGUUAAAUCUUACACACAUUUACACACACUUGUCCCAUCAACAUAUAACCAUGCCAGUGCAAGCACCACAAUGGACGGAGUUCCUGCUGUGCCCAAUCUGCACACAGACAUUUGAAGAGACUGUUCGCCGGCCCAUCAGCUUGGGCUGUGGACAUACUGUCUGCAAGAUGUGCCUGAACAAGUUACACCGAAAGGCCUGUCCCUUUGACCAGACAGCCAUCAGCACAGACAUCGAGCAGCUACCUGUCAACACAGCUCUGUUGCAGCUAGUGGGAGGCCAGGUUCCUAAGGCUCAGCCAGUUGCCUUGAUUACCAGUCCAGAAGACUCACAGCAUUAUGAGGAGGCCAGACAGUGUGUGGAGGAGCUGGCUCUCUACCUCAAACCUCUAAGCAACACCAGAGGUGUGGGUCUAAGCAGCACGGCCCAGAGCAUUCUUAGUCGACCCAUGCAGAGGAAACUGGUAACUCUUGUCCACUGCCAGCUGGUGGAGGAGGAGGGCCGUGUGAGAGCCAUGAGAGCUGCCCGCUCUCUGGGUGAGAGAACUGUGACUGAGCUCAUUUUGCAGCAUCAGAAUCCACAGCAGCUCUCCUCCAAUCUGUGGGCUGCUGUGCGAGCACGUGGAUGUCAGUUUCUAGGACCUGCCAUGCAGGAGGAAGCUCUAAAGUUGGUCCUUCUUGCUUUGGAGGACGGCUCUGCUCUGUCCAGGAAGGUGUUGGUUCUCUUUGUAGUCCAGAGGCUGGAGCCACGAUUUCCACAGGCCUCUAAGACCAGUAUAGGCCACGUGGUGCAGCUCCUUUACAGGGCCUCCUGCUUUAAGGUAACCAAACGUGAUGAAGAUUCAUCCCUGAUGCAGUUGAAAGAGGAGUUCCGUACUUAUGAGGCAUUGCGGCGCGAACAUGACUCUCAGAUAGUUCAGAUAGCCAUGGAGGGUGGUCUGCGUAUUGCUCCUGACCAGUGGUCAUCUCUGUUAUAUGGAGAUCAAUCUCACAAGUCACACAUGCAGUCUAUCAUUGAUAAGCUGCAGACCCCGGCUUCUUUUGCUCAGAGUGUUCAAGAACUGACGAUUGCGCUGCAGAGGACCGGAGACCCAGCCAACCUCAACAGGCUGCGACCCCACCUGGAGCUACUGGCCAACAUUGAUCCCAGUCCUGAUGCCCCCCCUCCAACUUGGGAGCAGCUUGAGAAGGGGUUGGUAGCAGUGAAAACAGUGGUGCAUGGCCUGGUGGACUUCAUCCAGAACCACAGCAAGAAAGGAGCCGACCCUCAACAGCCUCCACAGCACAGCAAGUACAAGACUUACAUGUGUCGCGACAUGAAGCAAAAGGGCGGCUGUCCUCGGGGGGCCAGCUGCACCUUUGCUCACUCUCAGGAAGAACUGGAGAAGUAUCGUAAAAUGAACAAACGUCUGGCAGCUCGCCUUCCUGGCUCAGGAGGGCUCAUGCCAGAUGAUGGCCUUCCUCUUGAUGUAGCAGUGACCCGGAAGCCUUCACCACUCACCAACGGCAGUGGUGUAAACUCUUUGCCCCAGCUCAUUCCCCGUGGCACCGACUCAGUCCCAUAUGAGCUACUGCGUAAACCCAUGAAGAUGGAUGGAGGCAGUCCCAGUGCCCCAGGGUCCCCACCUGACCCCAUGGACGCUGUAACCAAAACCGGCAUGCCUCUGCCACCUCAUGCCAUGGCCCAUCAAAGGAUGCAAGCAGACCACCUCUCUGGGGUAAAGCACAUGCCUGUACCUAGAGGUCUUCCUGUGUACCCCCAACAACAGCUCCAAGAGAUAUGCUAUGACGCUCGUCCUCCACCCUCUGCUUCUCAGUAUGAGCCUGCACAGUAUGCCACAGGUAGGGGGUACCCCUACCAACAGCCACCCCCGUAUGGCUCUCAUUACAUUCGUAACCCUCCUCCCCCGAGUGAGUCAGGACCCCCUUACCAAGACCCUUAUACUGGCUACGGCCAUCCAGAGCGCCCCUACCAGGCCCCUCACUCUGGUCCACCCUUCUCCUACCCUCACCCCCCUCACCAUGACCGAGGUCGCCACGGGGCAUAUGCAGGCCCACCACCUCCCCCACAGCCUUACCCAUCUCAGAGGGAUAGUCUGGUCAGAAUGAGUCCUGCUCCUCUGGAUGUUCCACCACAGUCAGCUGGGCAGACCAACUCGCUUUACCACCAGGAGCCUAGUGGCCGGGAUAGAUACCACCCAGAUGGUUACUAUCCACCAGGAGCUCAGCAUCCUCCCAUGAGGGCUUACGUCAGGGGGCCAUCGUAUAGUGGUUCACAGCCGAGCCUGGACUACCUGCACAGACGUCGGCAGGAGCUGAUAUCCCAGCUUGAGGAAAGAAAGGUCAUCUCCCCUCCGCCAUUUGCUGCCUCUCCCACUCUUCCUCAUCCCUUUCCUAGUGACUACCCUCCAGAUUAUGGCGAGGAGAGCUCUAAAACAAUGAUGACAAUGAAGUGCAGGGAGCCUGACUAUGCAGGGCAGUAUUCUCCCUGGUCUUGUGAAACCAUUGGCUCCUACAUUGGCACUAAGGACCCAAAACCCAAAGACGUUAUGGUUCCGGGUUCCAUGGAGAUGAUGAAUGUGGAGGCGAAGGGUCUGAGGGAACCAUCGCUCGAGGCGCCACGCAGGGGUACAGAAGUCAAGGAUGAUGACCCUAUUAUCCCUUUUGGCCCCCAGCCCACCGUAUCACGCUUCGGUGCCAUUUCCCGCACCUCAAAGACGGGGUACCAGACCGCAGGCCCUGUGCAGGCUAUGGCCUCCACUCCUCAGAAUUCAAACUCUAAACAUAUGGCCAUGUCAGCAGAAUACACAUAUGGAAGCCAAGGAGGAUGGGCUGGAGCUUCAUACCCCUCCCACCAGGCUGCCUCCUCGUCUCAGGGACAUUUUAGCGAGCGCCUACCAAUGGCAGCGACAGACAGAGAACAGUUAAAGAUUGAGCUGCAGCAGGUCAACCAGCAGAUCAACCAACAGACUCAAAUGAGAAGCAUAGAGGCUGCCAAUAACCCUUUACUGCUGCAGAGGGAUGCCAGUGGAUUAGCAGGCCAGCCUGUGCAGCCCGGCCAGGGCCAGGGAGUAGCAGCUCAGCAACAGCCUAAGUGGCCAGCAGGGGGAGCAAGUUCAACAUCUGUCUCCAGUGAACAGUUGAGCAUGGAGCUCCACCAAGUGGAAAGAGAGAUUGGCAAGAGGACUCGAGAAAUGGCUCUGGAAAACCAAGUAGCCCAUGAUGUUCAGCAGUACAAGAUGAAACCUGCAGAAAAUGGACAACCAGAGCACAAAGCUCAGCUGGAAGAAAUCUCCCUGGCUCUUGGCGAGGUUUCAAACGGAUCCAGCAGUCUGCAAGAAAGUGCAGUGGGCGGGUCCAUGCUGUCACUGACCAGUAAGACGUCUGCGUUGAGCCUGUGUUCUGAUCCAGGUGCCACUGGUUCAGAGAUGCAGAAGAAUGGCGUUGUCCAUUCCUGCUCCUAGGCAGUUCACACUUCGACACACACAUACACACACAGACAGAAACACACACAAGAUGCUCAUUUUAAAAGCAUGCACAGGCACACAUACACCCAUUCUAUUUAGAAGAUGAGCAGUAUCUGCCGUGAUAUGAAUUUUCUUUCUUUUUGUUCUGUGAAUGAGCUUUUUUUAAUAACUUUCCUUGCCUGGAAACCAGGGCAUAUGGUAACAUUUCUCGUGUGUGUUAAUUCUUUUUUUUUUUGCACUGGGAUUAUUGAUUAACAAGGCUCACAAUAGUUAUAUCAGAAAGAGAAAAUGGUGGUGAUGUUGACAAUGGUUUUGUACUUCAUUAUAAAAAAACAGGCAUAUUAUAUCCUCAACAAAAUACAUGUCCAGGUAUGUUAUUGAUCCUCCCCUAUAGAUAUUUCUGGUUUUGUUAUAGCAGUAUACAUCAAUGAACGGUUAAACACGGAGGAGCACAUAAGAAGCACUAUUACAUCUCAUGCACUCUGAGGAACUUCUUUAUUGCAAUCUGACGAUCCAAGAAGGUAUUACAGAAAACAUCAGAAGUGUUGUCACUUGGUUAUCACCCCCAGGAUUGUAAAAAGUGGUCGCCCAGAUUGAGAUAGUCUGAGGAGGGAAAAAGCAGCAAAAUACCGCACAAGUAUUCAGCUGAAAUUGAGAUGCAAGAGCUUUUAGAAAUCACUUUUGCACCACAUGCACGUUCUCACCUGCCACGAGAAGUCUGAUUUUAUUAGUGCAUUUUAUGAACACAUCAUAUGUCUGUUUCAUACUUGAAAUCAGUAUAUUAUAUAUUUAAUUGAAGCAUUCUGUUUUAAAGAUUGCAAAAAGUCUUUUUGAUAAUGAGCUUUCCACAUGUUUUCUAUAAGGGAAUCUACUUACUAUGGUGCUUCUCUUGGUUGUCGUGUGACCUGAUGUGGUUGGUUGCAAUGCCUUUCACCUGUGCUCUUUAGGGCUGCAUUCAGUCCCACCUGAUUGUGUUAGAAAAGCUCAAAUAGGCAUGUGAGUUUUUUGUAGACUGAGUGUACAUGUUCAGGCUGAGAGAGUACUUCUUUCCGCCUCAGGAGCAAGGUAACUCGAUAUACUUUUUAACAUCAGCGUAACUGAAAGAUUUCCCUCCUCAGAACUUCUCAUCUGGCCACACAAAAGGCCUCCCCAUUGGGAUUAUCUUGUCAUUUGUUUUCCUAACUUCUAUGAAGUUGCCUUCCCUUGUGAUCUUUUUUAAUUUUGUUGAAUUUUUCAUGCUUUACGUUGUUACAAUUCUGGGGGGUGACCUACCUAGUAAAGGCUUAAUAGAGUUGAGUUGAUUGAUGGUUCUCUCUGUUAUUAAAUGGUUGACUACCGAGUAAAAGCCGACGUAUCAUCUGUGACCUUAGAAAGGUUACCGUUGUAGGGUUUUUAGCCAUACAUUGCUUUUGAAAUCAUGUUUACAGCUGUGGAUAAUAUAAGUGUUGGUAACUGAGGGCUAGAUAAAACAAGCUAUCGACAACGAGCAGAUUUCAGUAAACCCCUGCAUCUUUGUUUGAGUCAAAUAUUAUAUUUCCCAUUAAAAGCCAGUCCCUUUUAUCAGCUGGUUGUUUCGGUAUAUUUGAUGUAAGACAGGUAGGCAUGACCUUGUUGUUUUUUUUCAGCUUUCACUCAAACGCCACACAUUACAUUUACUGAUCAGCCUGGGAAAUGAUUAGAACCUGGAUGAAAAAAAUCUUGAGAAGCAGCAGCAAAACACUUAAACAUUCAAGCUGAACUUAAACAUCUCUCUCUCUCUCUCUUUUGUUGUCCUGGGCUCGCUGUCUUGCCAAAGCAAGAUCACAUUAGUGAUCAGUUAUUUAAUCUGGUAACUGCCUGAUUUGUAUCCACGUCAUUAUUUUCUGUUCUAAACCAAAAAAAUGUAUACUUUUUCUAUCUUUCCUGUAUGAAAGGCCUGUCUCGUAUGCGUGUCCCAAAAUAAAGGCAGGGUGAUUUCAAACGCUAAAGUAAAUGGAAACCCUGGCUAUUUUUUAAAGUGUUACUGUAGUCUUGUCAUACCUAGUUGUCAUCAUCACCACCAUUACCAUUACUAUUGCUCUUUCUCCGUCAUGUACUGUUUACUGCUGACGCUCAAAAGUGAGCUCUUUGCCUUUUGUAAACAAUUAGCAUGAUUGGCUUCACUUUUACAGCUCUGCUCAGAGUGAGUGAGUCCCUGCGUUUGAACGGUUAAAGGAUAGUGGAGACGCUCUGCUUUUUAAGUGAAUGUUUAGCCUUUGUUUUGGUCAGAUACGGGGUACUGAAAAACGAACCGUUUUAAAGAUCCUUGAUAAGAGCUGAGUCAAAUAAUUGGAGACACAAAUGUUUGUUGUGUCUGACAUCCUCGUCUGGCUUGUUAAAAAGGGCAUCUCUUCCUAUUUGUCAGCGCCAUAAUAGUGGAAUUUUUUGGGUUUUUUCUUCAUUUCAAAUUUUCCCACCACACUUCAAGCCUUUGGCUGCUCCGCGCUACAUUUAUUGUCUAGGUACACAGCUCACUUAUACAUAUAAGUAUGUAUACAUACAUUAAUAUACUAAAGCACUAUUAAUGUGCCACCUCUUAUUUUACUCGCUCAGCAUUUAUAUUAAAUGAUCUCUACUUAGAAUCAGCAAUGUUUUUUUUUGUUUUCUGUCCACUGGUUGCCAACACAGACUUUAUCCUUUCCCAGAUGAAGGACUUCUGUGCGCAUUGAUGUGUGUUCACUUAAUCUUUUGUGUUCAAACAAAGAUGUUCUUUAUAGACUAUGCUUCCGAAGAAGAUAAAAUUCUGUACCUUUGGAAACUUAUGGAGACGUUUUGUGUGUGCUAGAUUGUAUUGUAGAAAUGUACCCUAAGUUUUUUUUUUUUGUUUCUGUUUUUUUUUUUCCCUCAAAGUGUGCUGUAUUGGGUGAUAGUGUUCAGCUAUUAGAAAAUUGUUUGGGGGGAUGUUUCUCACCCAUGCCCCCAAGAGGAUAUUCAGGAAGUCUUUGAUAAAAGCUUGGCCUUAAAUCCUCUUUACUGCUCCUCUUCCUUGUCUUGCUGUAGGAGAAUGAGCUCUCAAAAAUAGAAACAACGCUGAAUUGGCAUGAUCUGAAGUGAUCAAAUGACCCCUAGUGGAUUCUCCCUCCUUUUUCAUAUAAAACAGCAACAACACAAUGAUGCAAAUCUCUGACCAUUCGACGCUAAAUUUAUAUUUGUAUUUGUUAAGGAUAUGUUGUUGACCUAGCUGCGUUUGUAGUUUUAUCUUUCUCUCUUUUUGUUUCUUUAUUUCCGCAAUAGUUGAGUGAAUUUACUGACCUGCAAGUCUUACAGUCUUUAAUGCAUCACCUGACCUGAUGUGCGGUCAACAGCUAGACAAGUAUUCAAGUGACAUUCACACGACUUUUUUUUUUUUCUAAUGACAGCUAUUCACAAAAUUGUCCCUAAAAUCGUAAUUCUGUUGUUAUAAUUCUAUGAAUGAGCAACAUUUAAUUGUGUUAAUUCAAUGUUUCUUUUAACUCUGAGUGCAAGUCAACCAAAAGUUUCACAAGGCUAGUUCUACCUGAAAGGUCACUGCAGGUCUGAAUGGGCUGAAAUUGCAUUUAGCUUAGCAGAGCUUACAUACAGUAACUGAGGGGGGGAUUUACUGUACAGUAAAUAGCAAAGAUUUUCAUUUUAAUCUCUUGCGUGUUUUUGUUUCUGAGUGGAACUGCAGCCUCUAGCCCUCAUUUCUAUAACCAUUUAACCCCUCCACUCCCACCAUUGACCACUGAACUCUGUUACUGCUGUUUGAGGCUCACAUUUUAUUCCUUGACUUUCUGGGGAAAUCGCAAAUGGCUAUUUUAUAUGAUUACUCCCUUGUAAAAUAUCUCUUAAAUUAAGGUACAGGUUUGAUUUCAGCAAGAAAAAAAGAGGUUUUUAUAUGUAUAUUAUACUCCAUUAAGGAAUGUCUAGAAUUAUCUUCCUCCAAUGUGGAUGUAGCCAUUAUUACGCCAUUUUAUGACUUUGUAAGAGAAUUCACUGUGUGAAAAUUGGUUUGCAUUUUUGUAUAAUACAAUCUGCUUUUUUUUUCGUUUGAUACGAGAGGGAGGUCAAACUGGAAGUUUGAAGAGAGAAAAAAAUGAACCUGUGAAAUUGAGAAAACAAAGUGUAACUUAUGUAAAACAGUGAUCCUAAGCUGAGGGGAAAGAUUAAAUGAUAUUGCUAACUCAGAA